AUGACCGACCCAGAGGAGAAUAACACACGCAAGCUGCUGGACCCCAGUGAACUCGGCACCAAGGAAUACUGGGAAAAAUGCUACCAACGCGAACUCAAGAACAACACCGAAGACCCUGAUGACGAAGGAAUCAACUGGUUCGAAGAGUCUCACGCAGAAGAAGUUGUGCUCCAGCUCCUCGCCACCUACGAUCUCACAUCGGGAGGUGUGCUUGAUCGUGCCGAAGCCCGCUUUUUGGAUCUCGGAACGGGAAAUGGCCACAUGUUGAUGGCGUUGCGAGAGAACGAGGAUGAUUAUGGCGAGCGGUGGAGAGGAGAGAUGUGGGGCGUGGAUUAUUCGCCGACGAGUGUGAGGCUUGCGCGAAGGAUUUAUGAGGGGAGGAGGAAGGAAGAUGAAGGGGGAGAUGAUGAUGAUGAUGAUGACGAUGACGAUGAUGAUGAAAAAGAAGAAGGGGAAGAAGAGGACGAAGAAGACGAAGAAGAAGAGGAAAACGACGAAGAAAAAGAGGAAAGCGAGUACGCAAAAGUCAAGUUUGUGCAGUGGGACCUGUUAACGGAACAGGCCGAUGAAAAGUGGCUGAAAGAUGGCUUCGACGUGGUUCUCGACAAGGGGACGUUUGAUGCCAUCUCUCUGAUGCCUGCUGCGAGUGCUACUACUACCGAAGCAGGAGCUGUGCAUCAUCCCUGCGAAACAUACCGAGAACGAGUGGUGGAAUUGAUCAAACCCGGAAACUUUCUCUUCGUGACUUCGUGCAACUGGACCAAGGAGGAAUUGAUCUCAUGGUUGGUGACGGAAAAUAGUGGAUUGCGUUAUCACGACGAGGCGAAAUAUCCCACAUUCAAAUUUGGUGGCAAGACGGGACAGAGUGUGGUCACGGUGGUGUUCAAGAGGGAUGAUCUGUGGACAGGUAUCGUCAGAUCCGACACUGCGGCAGUGGACAGCACUGCAUCUGGUACGGAGUAG